AUAUUCAUUAUUAUAUCUGUCAUUAUAUAGAUUCAUAUACGAGAAAUUUAGCAAAUUGAAGCUUUUAGUGUAGAUUAUCAAAUCAACAGUACACAGAAUUAAGAUGUAUCUAAGUACAGCGAUACUGUUUUCACUUUUCAUUUGUGUCACUUCAUUAUGGAUAAGAUGGAGAAAACGGAGAAUGACUUUAUUUCAACGUUACGGUAUACCAGGACCAAAACCGAAUUUCUUCGUCGGAAAUUUAAAUGAAUUUAACAAUGGAAGAGAGAAACGAAUUGAAGAAUGGUUGCAACAAUACGGAAAAAUAUUUGGCUUUUAUCUAGGUGCAAUUCCUUAUAUAGUAUGCGCUGACGUUGAGCUUUUAAAACUCAUCCAAAUAAAAGACAACCAGAAAUUUUACAAUAAAUAUGUACGUAUCUAA